AUGGCUUCGUUUUCCAAGUUUUUGACUGCCGGCCUUUUGGUCGCCGGCGCUGCUGCCCAUCCCCAUGGCCACUCGCAUGCGCACAAAUCGACCGUGCAGAAGCGAUCCGGCACCUCGACCAAGCGCGGUGCUGCUUACAACGAUGCGACUCUCGUCUCCGCUUUGACCGACAGCUCUAGCGUUAUCUCCUGGGCCUACAACUGGGGAAGUACCAUUAAUGGUGAUAUCCCCUCCGGUGUUGAGUACGUGCCCAUGCUGUGGGGUUCGAGCUCCACCUAUACGGACUACUGGACUGCCGCCGUUAAGACUGCCCUUGCCGACGGCAGCACCCAUCUGAUGGGUUUCAACGAGCCCGAUUCGUCCUCCCAAGCCGAUAUCAGCUACUCCGAUGCUGCUACAUACUAUAAGGAGUACCUCACCAUCUACUCCAGCGAGGCCACAUUGGUUAGUCCCGCUGUUACUUCGUCCACCACCGAUGGUGAAGGUCUGUCUUGGAUGUCUUCUUUCUUGAGCGAGUGCACAGACUGCGAGAUCUCCGCUCUUGCUGUUCAUUGGUAUGGCGGUGACAUCGCUGAGCUCAAGACCUUCGUCAACGAGGCUAUCACAGUUGCCGAGGAGUACUCCAUCUCCGAGGUCUGGGUCACCGAGUUUGGUCUGGAUACUGAUGAGUCCGGUAUCACCGAUCUCACCACCGCUGCUACUUUCGUGAAGGAGGCUAGCGAGUGGCUCGAGACCAAGUCCGCUGUUGCUCGCUACUCGUUCUUCUACUGUGCCAACGACUUCAUGCUUACCGACAGCGUCGCCAACUCUGUCGGUAGCGCCUACAUCUCCGUCUCCGGAUCUUCUUCCAGCUCUUCCUCAUCCUCUUCUUCAUCGGAGUCUUCCUCGUCCGAGUCUUCCACCUCCACGACCGAGGCUGCCUCCACCUCGACCACUACGUUUGUCGUUGCCGCCUCUACCUCGACCUCUGUCUCCGAGUCGACCUCGACCAUUUCCUCCUCCGAGACUGAGGUCUCUGCAUCUGUAUCCAUCUCGAUCGAUGUUGGUGCUGAUGCAGACUCCGAAGUCGAGUCCUCCAGCUCUUCUUCCUCGAGCUCUUCCGUGGUCGUUGAAGUCGCCGAGGCUACCUCGACCGCCGUUCCGACUACCUCCGCGACUCCGACUUCGAUCGAGACUACCUCUCACUCGACCUCUACCACCACCCUCACCGCGUUCACCACAGUUGAGACCACUUCGUCUACUCCCACUCCCACUCCCACUCCUGUGACCUCGUCCACACCCACCCCAACUCCAGUCACAUCAUCCACCCCCAAGGUCACUCCUUCGACCCCUGCCGUAGUUGUCACCGUCACCCCCACCGUCACCGUGACCGAGUGGGAGACUGUGAUGCCUACUCCAGGUGACUUUGGUGCUUGUGGCGCUCCUAAGCCACUCCACAGCUCGCACUAG